AUGACAAAUUUCUUGUGGCAAAAUCUGGAGAAGACAGAUUUGGGGGACAUGUGGUUCAAACAAGACGGUGCCACGUGCCACAUUGCUAACGCCAUCACUAAUAACAUAUUGGAGGGGGAUGGUGAAAGGGUGAUUUCACGAAAAGCAACUGAAACUGAUGUGAAACAAGGGGAUAAUGAACUGUAUUUUCUUAAUGAUUCUCCGGAAGAUAAGAUUGAAGGAAGUGCUUUAGAUGAAGAAUUUGGAUCAGACCUGGAACAUUCUUCUGGACGAGGAGUAGAUGAUGAAGAUGCUCCAGGAUCUGGGUUUGGACCAGAUGAUGAUGAAGAUGAAGAAGAUGAAGAUGCUGGUUCAGGUGGAUUAUCCCCCUUAGAACACCCUCAUAAUCCAAUAAAGACUACGACAAUGUCCACUACAACUACUGUUAGAGUUAGGGUUCCAGAUAAUAAGGAAUACCCACCACCACUUCCUGAUGAGGAGAACAGAAUACCUGAUGCUUUAGAACCUGUUACUCAUGAAACAUCAACAAAAAAUAAUGUACAUAAUGUACCAGAUGCAGUUCCAACCAAAUUUACUGAUUCAAAUACACAGAGUAAUGAAGUUCAUAUUAUGGGUCAGAAACAAGAAGAAAGGCAAACAUCAUUUUUCGGCCAACCAGGAAUACUUGCAGCUGUCAUCGGAGGAGCUGUUGUUGGCCUGCUUUGUGCCAUACUUUUGGUUAUGUUUAUUGUGUACCGAAUGCGGAAAAAAGAUGAAGGAAGCUAUGCAUUAGAUGAGCCAAAAAGGUCUCCUACUGUAAAUUCGUACACACGCAGCAGCAACAAGGAGUUCUAUGCUUAACUAUCUUGUCAAAAUUGAAUGAAAGGAAACACAAACUUCCAGGAUGGACUUUUUUAAUUUAGAUAUAUGGAGAGGAGGUUAUUGAAAUGUGUGAGUGAUAAAGAAUGCAAGUCCUUCUUCAGACAUCUCUGGUGCACGCAGCUAGAACUCUUUUUGAAUGUAAUGAGCUGCAGUUGCUGCGUUUUCACAGAACCAAACAAUGCCAUUGUCAUAUUUUUGUUCAUUCUGUUUGUUGUUUGUUAAUGUUUGAACUGAGUUGAGUUACUUGGAUUCACCUUUACCUUUUGAACAUUUUGCUGAUUGCUACUGGAAUGUAAAUGUAGUAAAUCAGAUCAGCAGAAAAAGGGCUUCUUUCCUUCUAGCCCUCACUGCAUCUAGAAUGGCACCCUUUUCCAUAACAUCAGUUGUGUUAUAGAUGUCGUAGAUGUGCAUAUGUAACUGACUCUCACUUAUUUCCUUUAAUAUCAUGUAAAUACAGGGGUGACUGUUGAGGAAAUGUCAGUUAUGAUUAUAAUUUUAAUGCAUUUUUUUCCCCUUUUUAAUAAAAAAAAAAUUACAAAUCUUUUUUAUGCUACACCAAAACAUAUUGUCAUAAAAAUUAUAAUAUCCCAGAUAUCUUUUUAAAUCAUAAGUAUAGUGUUAUAACAUGGAUGUUUACUCAGUCACCCCUGGCAAUGGUAAUUACUAGCUAAAGGGGGUUAUUUAUUACAAACUUUAGACUUAUGUCAUAUAUAUGAUUUACAUUGCUAUUAUUGCAUGAUACAAAUUAUACCUUUGAUGCAGUAACAUUCCAUACCUUUUCUUGUAGUUAAAUAUUCUUGAUGCCUGUCAAAUGGUAAAACAUGUCCAUUGCAUUUCCGGACCGUUAUACAAUCUGUCGUUUAAAUAAAUGAAGUGUUUACAUAAAACAAAUUUUCUACAAGUUUUGUCAGUGUUGAAUGUAUUAUGAGUAAUGAUAUUUUUAGCUGUUUCCCGUCUGAGAAUGAAAUAUCUGCUCAUUUUUUAAUUGUAUUGAAAUGUUAAAACUAUAUUAUACCAAUGCAGGCAUUUUUGAUAUUUUCCCAACUUGCCAUUUUCACUGUGCUUGCUGUAGAUAUAUUUAUUUAAGUAUCUUCUUUUAUCUGUUUUUACCAUAUAGCUUAAGGAAUUUUAAUUUAAAAUAACUUUAAAUGCUUUCAGUACUUUCAUUCAACUAAACUUUUCUUUUUUGAAGUUAGAGUAAUCAGUCACUUCCACAAAAAGAUCUUUUCAUUUUGUAUAAAAAGAGAACAGCGGAAUGUGACAGUUUAAUGAAUUAUAUUAAUGACAAUCUUGGGCUGGUUGUCCAUGUUUAUAUUUCCUCUUUCAUUGUUUCCUUCCUUAUUAUCAGUUGUUAAAUUUUUUUUGGGGGGGGAGAAUAAGUUUCUAUUUAAAUUUGAAAUUUUUUUUUUUUUUUUUUUUUUUUUUUUUUAUAGUAUGCCGAUAAAAUUUUAAAAUGACACUAACUUUUGAAUUUACAUGUAUUAUAUAAUUUUUUACUUUAAUUAGCAAUUUAGUUACAUUAUUUUUACCAUUUUUUCAUGUAUUAAAUCGCUCUAAUAUUACACAUGAUAUAUAUAUCUGCUUUUAUUUUGUUAUUAUGUAUGCUAUAUAGCAUUUAUUGUACAUCUGCAUUAAGUUCUACUAUUUAUUCAAGUCUCUUAUUUGUGUACUGUGUUCAUAAAAAUGUUUGAAUGCAUGGUUCUUCUGAAAGGAAAAAAAAUAUGAAUUAGAAAUUUCAAAUUUAAUUUUUCUGAAACUGUUUUGUUUUGAAAUAGUCAAUCUCACAUUCUUUGAAAUAAAUCCAUAGCAAGUUUUAUUUCAUUAAGAGUUAGUAAAUUUCUUUUGCCUAGUAACUUGGCAUCAUGGGAAAAGUUUAAUAGUUUGGCUUUAGUGUAAGUUUUUACUUAAUUUGUAUUAUAAUGAUAAUUGAAAUAAUGUAAAAAUUUAUACCGUAUUCUUGUUUUUAAAUGUAUUUUACCUAGUUAAAAUUUUUUAUAUCGCAUUUGAAUACCAUAUAACAUCAGUUUCAUAUCCUCAUUUGGUAUAAAUAAAGAAUUACUAUACUACAAGUUUUAGAGAUGGUAGUUUAUAAAAGUCGGUAAGCUGUUUCCUGUGGGGAUAUUAUAAUGUCACAGUUAGGAAUAAUCGAAUAUGCCAGAAGUAUGGUUUAUUGUGAUGAUACAUUGAACAAGUGCUAACAAUGCAUGUAAUGGAUAUUUGAUUUAUAGAAAAUUUUUAUAUCUGUAUAUGUAUUAAAAUUUUUCAUCAGUGAAGAUGUAAAAAGUGUGUUUUCUAAAGUAAAUGUGAGUCUUGUGGAUUAAGGUAAGGAAUCGGUGUAACUGCUAUGUGUACUGUCCAGUAUGAAUUUUUGUAAAUUUUGUUUUAUGAUAGAUUUCCUAAUAAUUAAUACAUAUAUAUUAUAUUUAAGAUGGUUUAAUCAUUUAGUAUUUUUUAAAUACUAAAACAGUUUCUAAAAUUAUGCUAGUAAUUUCUGCUAACAGAAAUUGUAUUUAUGCUUUUUUCUGUUAGAUACAUCAUUUUAUUCUGAAAAUUUUUUAUCAUUUGUAUCAAGAUUAUUUGAAUUUCAAAUACUUACAGUGUAUUUUUAUUUUAAAAAUACAGUGGUUCCCUGGUUUUCUGUGUUAGUUAACCAGGCAUAAAAUAAUACCUUUUAAACAAGUUAAAUAGCAAGUUUAAUAACUUUUAUUUUAUAUAGCCUUGUUAUUAGUUGUUAAUUUGGGGGGGGGGGGGGUAAUUUUCUAUUUACAUUUAAAAAGGUGCAUGUUAUACUGAUAUAUUUUUAAAAUUAAAUUGUAUUAUAUAAUUUUUUUACUUUAAUUAGCAAUUUUCAUUUUUUCAUAUAUUAAAUUAUAGUUUUUAUUAUGUGAAUUCUGUAAUUUUAAUAGUUUUUUUCUUUGAGUUUGCCAACUUUUGGCAUCUUUAAAUUGAAAUAAUCAUAAUUUUGAUCUUGUAAAUAUGCAUGUCCUUUUUCCUGUAUACAGGUGAAAGAUUAUUAAAGGAAAAAUUAUUUUUUUAACUUCUUUAGUUUUAAGCUUUUUCAAUCUCUGAAGUUUAAGACUAGAUUUUUUUUUAUUAUUUUAUUUAUUUUUUUUUUUUUUUUCAAUUUAUUAUUUGAUUUCAUUUGUGUUAAUAUUUUAUUCUAAUUGAUUAAUGUUUAUUAAUUUAAAAUAUAAUUUGCAUUACUUAUGUAUAGAUUUAUGUUAUUGUUAAAGCUCAGAUAUGUUUCUACAAUGCAAAAUAGAAAAAAAAAUAAUAUAAAAAUAAAUGGGAUAACUCAUGAAAAAUCCAGUUGUUGUAUGUUAAUAUUAUUAAUCUUAAGGAAUCUGUUAAUACUACUAACAAAAGAACCACUGUAUUUUUAAAAAAAAUUGUUAUAUACAUAUAAUUAUUCUUAUAUUAUUUUCAAGAUAGUGUGCUGUGUUUAUUCCUAAUCUGCACAAGAUUUAAUCAUGACUAUGGCACAAAAAUUUGUUUGUUUUUUACAUUUGAAUAUAGAAGUUGUGUAAAUGUCUACCUGCAUGCUUAGAUAAUAUUCAGUAUUUACAUUUAUGUGGUAUAAACAAAGUAAAUUUGUACAGUUGUAGUGUAUGGUACUUUACAUUUUUUAAGGAAUAUUUAAACAUUUUAAAUAGUUUACAAAAAACAUUUGUAACUGAGACACUUACUUAUAGUUUUUAAGUUAUGCCAAUUCCUGCUGAAGCUAAAAAAUGCUUAUUUGAACACUAACGAAAGAAAGAGGACCAUUAUGUAUUUUAUAUCCUAGAAUUAACCAUUUCUCUUUUUAAAUGGUAACUAUGCAACACUGAAAAUCAGUCUUGUUUUAGCUGCAUUAUACUCUCUUAACCCAUGAAAUAUCUACUACCCAUAUGCCUUACAUUUAAAUUAUGCAAAAAUACUGACAUAUUCAGUAUUAGGUUUUACCAAAUUUAAGAUUACUUCUGUUAUUAGUGGAGUUAUGAUUUUAGUUAUUUUGAAUUUUAUUACAAAGUAUUAAUUCUUGUUGAAACCUGGCCAAAAUUAUGUAAACCUCCCUUAAAUAUUUUAUAUGACUUUAAAAUAAAUAGAAAACUGUUAUGAUUAUAUUAACAUCAGAACUGCAUUACAGAAUACUAAAAAUAUAGUAUGUAAUUAGAAGGUGGUUUCAAUCAUUUUGGAAGUUCUAAAUAGGAUAAUCAAAAUUUCACACCUGCUAUUUUAUAAGGUCAAUGAAGAAUUAUGGAAAAUACAUACUACUGCACAGUGCAGUGAAUGCAGUUGAAAUAGUUAAAAAUGUUAAUUACUUGCAUGAUAUAUAAUAUGAUCCAGUUUACCUGGAAUGAUUAUACAUCUAAUAUGGGAACUAUGUUUAAAAGUCAUACAGCAAACAUAUAGUUUAGUAACAAUGCUGUGUUCAUUAUUAUAGGUAGUUUUGAGUUCAUGGAUGCUUUGGUUAUCUUGUUAUAAUGUUUUCGUUAUCUUGUUAUAAAUGUAGGUAGGUAAAAAGUUUUCAUCUUCGGAACAUUUAUUUCAUUUAAAGCUUAAUCAUGGUUCCCCAUUUGUGAAAUCUAUUAUCAAGAACGAGAUAAACAAGGAUAAUUUUAAUCUACUUAUAUAUUUCUUCUGUAAGCAUUUUAAACUUAUAUAACAAGUGUUAUAAUUUGUUAAAAAAUGAUACCUUGGACAAUAUUUUACAGUAAAUAUUGUUGAAUGGAAAAAAUUGCAGGAAACGCGGGGGGCAAAUACAUGUAUAGUAAAAAAGUAAAAUAUACAAAAAAUUGUGAACUGAGAUACAUUAAUGUUGCUUGAGAGUCUUAUUAUUAUUUUUUAAUAAAAUAAACAUUACUUGCAUGAAUUCCUUUUAAGGGAAUGAACUAAAUAUCAUUUCAUUAUGCUCCAUAACACAUCAAAUCAUUUAACCCUCUGAGUGGUAUGGCUCUUUUUUUUUUUUUUUUUUACUUAUUGAAGAAGCACAAUAUUUAAAAAAAUAUUAUUAGCUGUCUAAUUACUUUUUUAUGUUUGUUUUGCUAAGCUUCUGUGCCUUAGGAUAAUAUUUAGAUCACUAAAGAAUAUAAAGAAACAAUAUAUUUUAAAUAACGAGUUAAUAUAUAUACUGAUGAAAAAUUUCAUGGCUGAAUAAAAGCUAACGUGCCACUCGGGGUGUUAAUAAAAAAAAUUAAUUUUGCAUAAAGAGACCUAAAUAUAAUUAUUUCCUUUUGCCAAAAAAUAUUCCUGAGACAAAUUAGCUGUGCAAUGCACAUAUGUAUGUUCUUUCAUAAAUUUUAUACUUGCAUGUUUUUUGCUAGAUUGGAGAAAGUUGUAGUGUAAAUGUGCAUUUUUAUAAGACAGGCAAAUUUUAAAUGUUUUGUAUUGCAUUAUGUAUGUCUAUCACCAGCUUGCCUGAAACAUCCAUAUCUGAUGUCAAACAUGUGGUAAAAGGAAUUUUAUUUCAUGUACAUAUUUUAGUCAUAAUAGCCUAAUCAUUCUUCAGUUUUGUUAGAAAAUUUGCUCUAAAGUUCUUCAAAUAUGUAUGAAGGAUUUUUAUUUACAUGUAAAUUUUAAAAUAAGUAAAAAUUAAAUAUAUAAUAAUAUAAUAUAUAAUUUGAUAUUUAUGUAAACAAGUAUAUGCACUGUAAGAUUGCUUUGUUUUAAAAAUAUCAAAAGUAUUCUGAAUGGUCUCAUUCUUCCCCUCAGUCUUUUGUUAUAAAUUCAGAAUUAUUUAUGUGGAUUAUUGCAUGUACAAUAUGUCAUACAUUUUAAGCAUACAAAAUUUUAUACUUUUUACUGAGAUUUUCAUGGGCUAAAUGAACAAUUCCUGUGUUGCUGCUUUUAAUAUACUUUCAAAUUUGUAAAUUUAGAAAAGUUGUUUUUCAAUUGAAGUACAAUUUGUAAAUUAUGCAAAACAACUGUUCAUUAUAGCAUUAAAAAUAUUAAAACUGUGAA